AAGACAAUAGAAUCCAAAUUUUUAAAAGUCAGUAAUAUUGCAUUAAAAGCAUUUAAAAAUAAAAAUGAUAUUGCUUACUUUUUCUGGGAAUUAAACCGAAUCUUGAAAUUUUAAUCAAAAAUUUUACUCUAUUCAUUUCUUUUCCGAUAUCAUAUUUCUGAGAUGACUUAUUUUUAUGCAUUCUUUCGAUUGGCAUCAUAAAAAUACAGAAUGUUUUUUUUUUUCACAUUUGAGUCGGUUCGAUUUCCAGACAAAGUAACUUUUUAAAAAAAAAUCUUUUAAUGCAGUAUUACUCAGUUUUGAAAAUAAAAUAAAGUCUCCUUUUAGCAAAAUAUCCUGUCUUAUAUUUAAGGUACUUUCCCUUGAUGUGCCAUAGUCUUGGGAUGCCCUGUAUAUUAUAGGUAGAGGAGAACAGCCGGACAUUCAAAUGGUUUUUUGCUCCAGCUGAAACGGAGGCGUUUCGUGCUCCGGUGGUACACGUGGUACUAUUAAUUAUACCUUCAAACUCUGCUGAUAGUGAUAACGAAUUUAUUGGUACACGACUAAAAUUAUAUGUAAGUACCUAUUGAAUGUCUCACGAUUAAUUUAAUGAUAUAAUAAAAUGUUAUGGAUUUUGCUUCUUCAAAUAAGUCACAUCAAUCAUAUAUCCCUCAUUCGUCCAUUGAGAAGGGUAAUAGUGAAGGAUGGCGCUCAAUGUGAAAAUGUUGGUUAUACUCACCUUGCUGGUGACGCCUUUACUAGCUAAAUCAGGAGGUUUCGCGCCGACGCUAUCCAAUAUAAAUAAACUGGAAACAAAUCUAAAUCUCUUAAAAAAAGACAUUGAACGAAUGAUGACACCUGGAAGUUCAAACGACGUGACCACUUCAUCCACUUCGAGCAGCUCGUCGAGCGUCGCGCCGACGCUAUCCAAUAUAAAUAAACUAGAAACAAAUCUAAAUCUAUUCAAAAAAGACAUUGAACGAUUGAUGACACCUGGAAGUUCAAACGACGUGACCACCACAUCCACUUCGAGCAGCUCGUCGAGCGGUAGCAAUAAGGACAAGGGGUCAAGUGAUAGUGUUGCCGCAGCUAGUGCAGCCAGUGGAGAAAACGAUAAGGGACAAGGAUCAGAUGGCAGUGCAGCUGUUGCAACUAUUGCCACCGCGGCUUCUAGUUCAGGAGAAGACGACAAGGAACAAGAAUCAAGUAACAGUGCAGCUCUUGCAACUGUUACCCCCGCAGCCUCCAGCUUAGGAGAAGACGAUAAGGAACAAGAAUUAGGUGACAGUGCAGCUGUUGCAACUGUUACCACCGAGGCCUCCAGCUCAGGAGAAGACGAUAAGGGACAAGAAUCAGGUGACAGUGCAACUGUUGCAACUGUGACCAUCGCGGCGUCCAGCUCAGGAGAAGAUGAUAAAGGGCAAGGAUCAGGUGACAGCGUAGAUGUUGCAACUGUUGCCACCGCGGCCUCCAGUUCAGGAGAAGACGAUAAGGGACAAGGAUCAGGUGACAGUGCAGCUGUUGCAACUGGUGCCACUGCGGCCUCCAGUUCAGGAGAAGACGAUAAGGGACAAGAAUCAGGUGACAGUGCAGCUGUUGCAACUGGUGCCACUGCGGCCUCCAGUUCAGGAGAAGACGAUAAGGGACAAGAAUCAGGUGACAAUGCAGCUGUUGCAACUGGUGCCACCGCGGCCUCUAGUUCAGUAGAAGACGAUGAGGGUCAAGGAACAAGUGACAGUGCAAUUGUUGUAACUGUUACCACCGCGGCCUCCAGUUCAGGAGAAGACGAUAUGGGGCAAGGAUCAGGUGACGGUACAACUGUUACAGUUGUUGCCACCGUGGCCUCCAGUUCAGGAGACGACGAUAAGGGACAAGGAUCAGGUGAUAGUGCAGCUGUUGCAACUGUUACCCCCGCAGCCUCCAACUCAAGAGAAAACGAUAAAGGACAAGAAUCAGGUGACAGUGCAGCUGUUGCAACUAUUACCACCGCCACCUCUAGUUCAGGAAAAGACGAUAAGGGACAAGGAUCAGGUGACAGUGCAGCUGUUGCAACUGGUGCCACCGCGGCCUCUAGUUCAGGAGAAGAUGAUAAGGGGCAAGGAUCAGGUGACAGUGCAGCUGUUGCAACUGGUGUCACUGCGGCCUCUAGUUCAGGAGAAGACGAUAAGGGACAAGAAUCAGGUGACAGUGCAGCUGUUGGAACUGGUGCCAGUGCGGCCUCUAGUUCAGUAGAAGACGAUAAGGGUCAAGGAACAAGUGACAGUGCAGCUGUUGCAACUGGUGCCAGCGCGGCUUCUAGUUCAGGAGAAGAUGAUAAGGGACAAGGAUCAGGUGACAGUGCAGCUGUUGCAACUGGUGCCCCCGCGGCCUCUAGUUCAGGAGAUGACGAUAAGGGACAAGGAUCAGGUGACAGUGCAGCUAUUACAACUGUUACCACCGUGGCCUCCAGUUCAGGAGAAGACGAUAAGGGACAAGGAUCAGGUGACAGUGCAACUGUUGCAACUGUUACCCCCGCAGCCUCCGGCUCAGGAGAAGCCGAUAAGGGACAAGAAUCAGGUGACAGUGCAGCUGUUGCAACAGUUACCACCGAGGUCUCCAGCUCAGGAGAAGACGAUAAGGGACAAGAAUCAGGUGACAGUGCAACUGUUGCAACUGUGAGCACCAUGCCGUCCAUCUUAGGAGAAGAUGAUAAAGGGCAAGGAUCAGGUGACAGCGUAGCUGUUGCAACUGUUGCCACCGCGGCCUCCAGUUCAAGAGAAGGCGAUAAGGGACAAGGGUCAGGUAACAGUGCAGAUCUUACAAUUGGUACCACCGCGGCCUCUGGUUCAGGAGAAGACGAUAAGGAACAAGGAUCAGGUGACAGUGCAGCUGUUGCAACUGGUACCACCGUGGCCUCUAGUUCAGUAGAAGUCGAUAAGGGUCAAGGAAUCAGUGACAGUGCAGCUGUUGUAACUGUUACCACCGCGGCCUCCAGUUCAAGAGUAGACGAUAAGGGGCAAGGAUCAGGAGAGAGUACAACUGUUAAAGUUUUUGCCACCGUGGCCUCCAGUUCAGGAGACGACGAUAAGGAACAAGGAUCAGGUGACAGUGCAGCUAUUACAACUGUUACCACCGUGGCCUCUAGUUCAGGAGAAGACGAUAAGGGACAAGGGUCAGGUGACAGUGCAGCUAUUACAACUGUUACCACCGUGGCCUCUAGUUCAGGAGAAGACGAUAAGGGACAAGGAUCAGGUGACAGUGCAGCUGUUGCAACUGUUACCCCCGCAGCCUCCAGCUCAGGAGAAGAUGAUAAGGAACAAGAAUUAGGUGACAGUGCAACUGUUGCAACUGUGACCACCGCGGCGUCCAGCUCAGGAGAAGAUGAUAAAGGGCAGGGAUCAGGUGACAGCGUAGCUGUUGCAACUGUUGCCACCGCGGCCUCCAGUUCAGGAGAAGACGAUGAGAGACAAGGAUCAGGUGACAUUUCAGCUGUUGUGACUGGUAGCGCCGCGGCCUCUAGUUCAAUAGAAGAUGAUAAGGGACAAAGAUCAAAUGACAGUGCAGCUGUUGAAACUGUUACCACUGCGGCCUCCAGUUCAGGAGAAGACGAUAAGGGGCAAGGAUCAGGUAACAGUACAACUGUUACAGUUGUUGCCACCGCAGCCUCCAGAUCAGGAGAAGACGAUAAGGGACAAGGAUCAGGUGACAGUAUAGCUGUUGCAACUGUUGCUACCGCGGCCUCCAGUUCAGGAGAAAACAAUAAGGGACAAGGAUCAGGUGACAGUGCAGCUGUUGCAACUGUUGCCACCGUGGCCUCUAGUUCAGGGGAAGACGAUAAGGGACAAGGAUCAAGUAACAGAGCAGCCGUUACCACCGCGGCCUCCAACUCAGGAGAAGACGAUAAAGAACAAGGAUCAGGUGACACUGCAGCUGUUGCAACUGUUACCACCGCGGCCUCUAUUUCAGGAGAAGACGAUAAGGGACAAGGAUCAGCUGUUGCCACCGCGGCUGCUAGUUCAACUGGAGGUGGUAAAGGAAAAGGAUCAAAUGUUAGCGCAGCCACUACCCGUUUAAGGUCUACUGCAAACGCCAUAUAUUCUGGUGCACCCUUUGGUAAUCCGGUGAAUUAUGCUGCAUAUCCUGUCUUGGCUUACAAUGGCUAUCCAAUGUAUAAGCGCUUGGUCAUACCUGUUCCAGCUCGAAAGGGCUGCAACUGCCGACCUAGAAUGGUUAAGAAGUUCCGUUACUGAAGAUAAAACACAACAACGUAUCGACGCAUCUACUUACAACAAAAACGAUGGACCCGAUUCAACCAAAACUGAUUUAAAUGUAAUUAUUUAAAAAAUAACUUUGUUAAGCAUAAUUAAUAUAUUCAGAACAAUUUUUCCUUUUAGCUAAUAUAAUAAAAUUCAUUUGCAGUCUAGAAAACAUGAUUGUUGUUGUUGUUUCGCUUUCAUAUUGGUUUUGUAGUAAAAUAUUAAAUACUAAAAGAGGUAUUAUUCUUGGACAUCCUAUACAUUUUCAGAAAAUAGGGCAAUUUGGUUGACAAAAAUCAGCAAAUGCGCAAUAAAGCUGUACUUUUUGACGAAAAAUUCUAAAGGUGAUGUGAAAAGCAGUACCUUUGUUGAACUUUGUAGUAAAAUUGUCUCCACCUUGGGCGUUAGCACUUGAAUUGAAUCCCUCACUACGCUCAGGAUUCAAUGUACGCCCAAGCCGUACAUAUGUAAUCUUGCUCCCUUGUGACAUAUAUUGAAACAUGAACUAUUCGGCUAACACCAGUUUGACACUGACUUAUUCGCUAGCGUGUGCGUACCUUACUUUUUAUGCUUCUCGCUCGUACUCGCAUAUUUACUGCGAGCAAAAGAGUAUAGAAAGUAAGUUACGCAGACGUUAGCGAAUAUGUCAGUUUGACUUUGAUCCGGCAGUCGUGGUAAGGCUACUGGGCGCUUACGCAAAGAGACAAUCGUCAAUCGUCUAUGGUCAUCGAAAUGUAAGUAAUGUAUAUAUUUGUAUAAAAUUAAACAACUGUUACACGUGUAUUAAUUUAUGUAAUAACUAUUAUCAAUCAAAUACAAGGAACUAGAAGCAAAUACAAGAAAUCUAGAUUUUUCACAGCUGCCGCCAUAUUGCCCGCCGAAAGCAAUAUUUUGAUUUACAUUCUUGAUGCAACACCUAUUGAAUUAAGUUUACAUUCGUCACCUCUCAAAAA